GAGAGUGACGCGCUUUCGAGGAGCUCGCUGGCAUGCCACCACGACCACCAUGUCUCUCGCCCCUUUGAGUCGAUGUCUCUGUUCAACUAACGGAAAACGAUAACAGAGCCUCCGAACGGUUACAUUACACCUUUUCUUCUCCUUUCUUUUGCAAUGCCAAGAAGCCCCGAAAUUAUGAAGCUAUUCCGACCCGCGAAUUUCUCUUCCUUUGCUUUCGGAUACCAUCAACUCUUCGAAGUUGAAUAUCGUCCAUCCCCCGCAGACCUCGCAAGCCUAAUUGGGACAGAAGAGGAUCGAAGACGAGACAGAAAGGGUUGGGGGGGCAGGGGGGAUUCCCAAUGUACCCGUUUCUGGGUUUAUCUCGUUAGCUAUGACGACCAUUUUUGGAGGUGGUGCAACCACAUUUGAACUCAUGUAGGGCUGACGCCCCUACCUUCUUCCAUAUCCCAAAUUGAAUCGAUCGAUCGCGUUUCUCGAGUCUUGGUCGAUUCUGGCGGGAUUUGGCGGUAAAUGGGUUGCAUUAACUCCAAAAAUUUGGUUGCCGGAGAUUCACCCGUGCACUCGAAGGUGCGCACCGACAAUGGGUCUGCGAUUGUGGAACCUCCGUCGCGAUCCCGAUCGGGGAUGUUAGCUUCUGCCGGUGAAGGGGAUCGAAAAUCGGAGGAUUGCAAUCGAGAUGGGAAGAAGUCCGGGAAGGAUAGCUCCAAAGGAAGUGGGAUUUUCAGUUUCAAGAUGGGGCUUUCGCAUCGGAUAGUGGAAGCGGAGCUGAAUGCCGCUGGAUGGCCCCCUUGGCUCACAGCUGCUGCGGGGGAAGCCAUUCAUGGAUGGGUACCCCUCAGGGCAGAUUCUUUUGAGAAAUUAGAAAAGAUUGGACAAGGCACAUAUAGCAGUGUGUUCCGAGCACGUGAAGUUGAAACUGGGAGGAUGUUUGCUUUGAAGAAGGUGCGGUUUGACAAUUUUCAGCCUGAGAGCGUGAGGUUCAUGUCUAGAGAAAUUACAAUUCUUCGCAGGCUUGAUCAUCCAAACAUCAUGAAAUUGGAGGGGGUUAUUACAUCCCGACUAUCAAGUAGCAUAUACCUUGUGUUUGAAUAUAUGGAGCAUGAUCUUGCAGGACUAGUAUCCUGUCCUGAUAUAACGUUCAGUGAUUCACAGGUGAAAUGUUACAUGAGGCAACUGCUGAGUGGACUUGAGCACUGUCACCUACGUGGUAUCAUCCAUCGGGAUAUUAAAGUAUCCAAUAUAUUAGUGAAUAAUGAUGGUAUUCUCAAGAUAGGCGAUUUUGGAUUGGCAAAUACAAUUAGCUCAAGUAACAAGCAUCCAUUAACCAGUCGUGUAGUGACUCUAUGGUACCGCCCUCCUGAACUCUUGAUGGGAUCAACCAACUAUGGAGUAUCAGUGGAUCUGUGGAGUGUGGGUUGUGUAUUUGGGGAACUUUUUCUGGGGAAACCUAUCCUCAAGGGGAGAACUGAGGUUGAACAAUUGCACAAAAUUUUUAAGCUUUGCGGUUCACCGCCUGAUGAAUUCUGGAAGAAGUGCAAGCUUCCCCAUGCAACAAUGUUUAAACCUCAGAUUACUUACGAAAGCUCUUUAUCGGAGAGGUUUCUGGGUAUUCCAGAAACUGCUCUAAACCUAAUGCAGACUCUAUUAUCCGUUGAUCCCCGUGAGCGUGGGACUGCCUCUUCUGCCCUGAUGUCUGAGUAUUUCAGCACCAAGCCAUUUGCUUGUGAUCCAUCAAGCCUGCCAAAAUAUCCACCCAACAAAGAAAUGGAUGCUAAAAACCGGGAAGAGGUUCGCAGGAAAAAGACUGAUGGUAAAGCGCGUGAGGCUGCAACAUCAAGAAAGCAAAGACGAGUACGUAAAGUUUUACAGGAACCAAACAAUUUCAGUAACCCAGUUUCAACUGAUGAAAAACAGAACAAUUCUCAAAAAGUUGUUAAAGAUGAUGUUAAAUCAUAUCUUCACAAGGGAAAAGGAGAAGCUAUGCAGAAGGAGCCAUCAAAGCCUUCCAUAGAAAUAAUGUCACAAACCUCACAGAUCAAUGGCGUGCCUCGUGGCUUCAGUAUAUUAGCAGGACCAGCACCAGCCUCAGGAGCUAGUGGCUUUGCAUGGGCAAAAAGAAGAAAACCAGAGGUUUCAUCCACAUUAUCAGAUGGUUCAAAAAGCAAAAUCAGCGCACUGGAUCCAACUUUUGCAAAAGGCACAUAUAAUUUAACCAGACAUGUGAUCGAUGUCGCAGAAAGAAAAUUUAAGGGCAAUACAGGCCAUCAGACUAAGUCUGGUCAGCCGGAACAUAUUGAUGCAUCCGAUACAUAUUCAAAUUUAUCAACGAAUUUUGAUUCCAUGGAAACACCGGAUAGUGUGACGGAUACUCAGGGCCACGAAAAGCUUGGCCAUGAAAGUACAUGCCCUGCAGCUGGCAAAUCAAGGUUAGGAAGAUAAAUGAUCACAUUUCUAGGAGAGUAGUCACGCGUGCUUUGCCCCACAUUAGAGCCAUUGAUGGACUCGCUCGCUCAGGGUCAUCUGAACCAUUGUAACGUCUGAUAUAGGCUCUCCCCGACCCUAUUCAGUCAAAGGAGUCUACUGUUUUAACAUCAGUUUAUAUUAGAGGAGCAACCCUGACAUGUAAAUUGCCCUUUUCCAAGAUGGUGUAAUUUAAGAAAGAAGGGCUUACUUUUUAGUUUAGGAUCGUUGAUUCUCUUGCCUACCUAAUCUCUAUUCCUCACCCUCAGCCGAGCAGGUUAACGAGUUUAGUGAUUAUGCCAAAGACAUACUAUGUCAAUGCUUCAUGGAUAUCUCGUUAAGGUACUGUCAACACUGUCAUGGAAAUGAAGAAAAAUAAAAAACUACCAUUUCAGUUGGUGUAACGGCUUCCUAAAUUACCAGGAAAAGAAGCUGAAGAAGUAUAUUUCCCUA